GCAAAUUACACUACCUAUUACGACCAUCACCGUGGCAUCCAUAUUGUUGGUUGCGGAUGCGGCGAUAACAACGAUGACUCCUGGCCCUUCUACUUUGAGGGUGCCCAUCAUGCGCAAUCCGGAGACCCAAGAAGAUAUUCUCGGCAUGGUGCGUCGACGGUAUCAACGUUUAACCAAAAGACAAGAAUACACUGCCCAGCUUUACAAUGAUCAAGGGUCACAAUAUCUCGUUCAAAUCGGUGUUGGCACUCCCCCUCAGAAUUUCACCGUAACAUUGGAUACGGGAAGUGCCGAUCUUUGGAUUCCUGCAUCGGAAUGUCCCAAAAAAUCGUGUCCUUUUGCUCGGUUUCAGGAAGAUAGAUCGACGACAUUUAAAGAUUUGCAGUCAAAUUUCGGCAUUCAGUACGGCAUAGGCAAUGUGAAUGGCACGUAUGCAACCGAUACCGUGACCGUCGGUGGAGCCAGUGUGCAAAACCAACAAUUCGGCUUGGCGACCACGACACAGGAUAUAUUGACCAAUCCCACCCCAGGUGAUGGUAGUUCGACCGGUGGUAACACUCCGGCCAAUGCUUCUGGAUUAACUGGCAAUGGUAUCUUGGGCUUGGGGUACCCUCAACUGACAGCGGCCACCACCCAAGGCCAGCAGGCCUACACUCCGUUUGUGUUUAAUCUCGUCAAGCAAAGCGUUAUUCAAGAACCCAUCUUCUCCAUCUAUCUCAACAGCCUAGCCAAGAAAGAAUGGGCGGGCGAGAUCAUGUUUGGCGGGAUCGAUCAGAGCAAAUAUACGGGAGACUUGACCUACUUGCCUGUGGCCACGUUGCAAAACAAGCCCGCCAGUUUGCCCGAAGGCGAUUCGACCAAAGGCCGUCAAGGCGAUUCCGGUGGAUACUACUAUUGGAUGGUGUACGGCCAAGGCAUUUCAGUGCGCAAUGGUUUGGAGAAUCCGGAUUUCCAGCUCAAGCGUGUAGGCGCCUUUAUUCUGGACACCGGAACGACGCUGACUUAUCUGCCAACAGAUGUGGCCAUUCAGAUUGCUCGAUCGAUUGUCGGCGACAGCGGGUUCCAGGUGGAUCGACAAUCCGGUGUGAUUAUCAUUGACUGCGCAGCCAGCCAAUCCCCCGCCACCGUUCAACUUCAAAUGUCCCAAACCAAAUCGAUCACCAAUAAUCCCGUGGUAUUGACCGUCCCUGCAAGAGAACUCAUCAUCCCUUUGACCUCGUCGUCCUCCUCCUCUUCCGAUCGAACCAAUACAUGUUUAUUCGGUAUAGCUCCCAUGAGUGGCAACGGAGCCUUGGGAAGCGAAAUGUUUUUAAUUGGUGACUCGAUCCUGCGCAGCGCCUAUCUCGUGUUUGACAUGGGUAAAAAUCGCGUCGGUAUUGCCACUGCCAAAGGAGUCGGUGGCAGUGUCAAUGGCAACAACACUACCGCAGAAAGUACCUCCAACCUAUCGGCCACCACCGCCUUGUCAGGCUGGCCCUCCUGUCUACUAUUGAUAUCAUUAAUCUUUGCCGUCAUGCCUGCCCACCUCUUUUAA